AUGCAGUUCUUCACCAAGGCCACCAUCUCCGCCGCUGCUCUGACCGCCAUGGUCCAGCUCUCUCCGGCUCCCAUUGUCAUUGCCAUCCCCAUUGCCCUGGAUGUCGGCCUUGGCACAGCGGCCGCCUGUGUCAGCGCCGCCGCCGGUGUCGCCGGCACCGUCGUCGGCGCUGUCAAGCGCGACUCCAUCGGCAACCCCCAGCACCCCCACCAGGUCCGCGCCGCCCUCGAGUCUCGCCAGGAGAUGAACCAGGCCGCUUGGCAGAGCUGCAAGGACCAGCUCGCUGGUGCCAGCCUCAACUUCAGCGCCGACUCCCCCGGCAACGUCCUCGUCACCGGCAUCCCCUCGUCUUGCAUGACCCUGCUCACCGUGCUUACUGGUGACUACAACGCCGGCAACCCUCUGCCCAUGGGCUCCGACUCGGCCCUGUUCCGUGACCUGAGCAACGACGACAUCAACAACCUCCAGAGCGCUCUCAGCGCCAACCAGUAA